UGCACGGGGUGGAGUACGCGUACGGAGCGCACGAGCACGCGACGACGGGGAUAUUCGAAGGGGAGCCGCGGCAGUGCCCGGGGUUCGUUUUCCGGAAGUCGAUCCUGAUCGGGCGAACGGAUCUGGGGCCGCGGGAUGUGAGGGCGCUUAUGGAGGAGCUGGCCACGGAGUACACCGGCAACACCUACAACCUCAUCUCCAAGAACUGCAACCAUUUCUGCAACGAGGCCUGCCUCCGCCUCACCAACAAGCCCAUCCCUCGCUGGGUAAAUCGUCUCGCCAGGAUCGGUUUUCUUUGCAAUUGCGUGCUGCCGGUGCAAGUGGCGGCGGUGAGGAGUCGCAGAGACAAGGCCGAGGGAAAGCGAGAAGGGGAGAAGAGGAAACUGAGAAGCAAUUCCACUCGAUUCCCUCCUCCCACCACCUCCUCUUCUACUACUGCAGCUCCCAUUUCCUCUAUUCCUUCUUCGGGGACUAUUAGAAGCCGUAGAAGAAGUCGGCGCUCUUCGUCGUCUUCUUCGGUUUCCUCAUCUUAGACGUCUGAUCGCCGACGCCGGCGACGGAGGGUUUGCGGAAAUUGCAUAAAAAAACAAUUUUCCUAAUUUCCUGUGGAAUUAUUUUUUUUCUUUUUCUGUACCAUUAAAUGCUGGGGCUGUCUGCCGUUUUCAACUCAGUAAACGCUGGAUAUUCCGUUAGCAUUGUUACGGACGCUAAUAAUAUAUAUAUAUAUGUAUUUCCUU